AAGUUCCUCUGUCUCUUUCCACCUUCAGCCAUUUUGACAAUGUUGGGAGCUGUGGGACGCUGCUGCACCGGGGCUCUGCAGGCUCUGAAGCCUGGGGUCCAGCCCCUGAAGGCUCUCGUUGGAUCCCCAGCCGUACUUUCUCGUAGAGAAUAUGUCGCACCUGCUGCUGCUGCCAGUGUAGCCACUGGUCGUAUUGUGGCCGUCAUCGGUGCCGUUGUUGACGUCCAGUUCGAUGAGGGUCUUCCUCCCAUCCUCAAUGCCCUGGAAGUCGCAGGCCGCGAGUCCAGGCUAGUCCUGGAGGUUGCUCAGCAUCUUGGGGAAAACACGGUGCGUACCAUUGCUAUGGAUGGUACUGAAGGUCUGGUCCGUGGACAGAAGGUGCUGGACACUGGUGCCCCCAUCAGAAUCCCAGUGGGCCCUGAGACCUUGGGCAGGAUCAUGAAUGUCAUUGGCGAGCCUAUUGAUGAGAGGGGUCCAAUCUCAACCAAGCAAACUGCACCUAUCCACGCUGAGGCCCCUGAAUUCACUGACAUGAGUGUAGAGCAGGAGAUUCUGGUCACUGGUAUUAAGGUUGUGGACCUGCUGGCCCCAUAUGCCAAGGGAGGAAAGAUUGGUCUGUUCGGAGGUGCUGGUGUCGGCAAGACUGUAUUGAUCAUGGAGCUGAUUAACAACGUGGCUAAGGCCCAUGGAGGUUACUCUGUGUUUGCUGGUGUGGGAGAGCGUACCCGUGAGGGAAAUGACUUGUACCAUGAAAUGAUUGAGUCAGGAGUCAUCAACCUGAAGGACACUACUUCAAAGGUGGCACUGGUGUACGGACAGAUGAACGAGCCCCCUGGUGCUCGUGCCAGAGUGGCUUUGACUGGACUGACCGUGGCAGAGUAUUUCCGUGACCAGGAGGGUCAGGAUGUGCUGCUCUUUAUUGACAAUAUCUUCCGUUUCACACAGGCUGGCUCUGAGGUGUCUGCUCUUCUGGGUCGUAUCCCCUCAGCUGUGGGUUACCAGCCUACUCUGGCCACUGACAUGGGUACCAUGCAGGAGAGAAUCACCACCACAAAGAAGGGUUCAAUCACAUCUGUGCAGGCCAUCUAUGUGCCCGCUGAUGAUUUGACUGACCCUGCCCCUGCUACCACAUUUGCUCACUUGGAUGCCACUACUGUGUUGUCUCGUGCCAUUGCUGAGCUGGGUAUCUACCCUGCUGUCGACCCCUUGGACUCAACCUCCCGUAUCAUGGACCCAAACAUCGUUGGAGCUGAGCACUACGACAUUGCCCGCGGUGUGCAGAAAAUCCUACAGGACUAUAAGUCCCUUCAGGAUAUCAUUGCCAUUCUGGGUAUGGAUGAGUUGUCUGAAGAGGACAAGCUGACUGUGGCCCGUGCCCGCAAGAUCCAGCGUUUCCUGUCCCAGCCAUUCCAGGUGGCCGAGGUCUUCACUGGCCAUAUGGGCAAGCUGGUGCCCCUCAAGGAAACAAUCAAGGGCUUCCAGAGCAUCCUCGCCGGAGAGUAUGAUGGUCUGCCUGAGCAGGCCUUCUACAUGGUUGGCCCCAUUGAGGAAGUUGUUCAGAAGGCUGACAAGCUGGCUGAGGAGCACUCAUAAACCUAAAUGAUCUGUGAGGAGAAAAUUAGAGGGAUCCUGCAGUUAGGAGCACUUGGUUUGUAAAACAUGUCAAAAUACAAAUGUACCUGUCUUGUCAUCCUGAAAGAAAGUUCUAUUUAAUGUUCCCAAUGAAAGAUGGAAUAAAACACUGUCUUUACACAAAACUGCAACUUGUCAACUGUAUAUUUCCAAUGGGCUUUGUAGUUGUAGUUUUCCUGUUGGGACAUAUAAAAUGUCUGUCCUAAUAUUGACCACAAGAUGGCAUUCCUGAGCCAUGUCGAGCUUUCUUAACUGUUGCAGCUUGGUUGUCACAAAAUGAAAUAAAACGGACAAAUACUGCC